GACUCCAGCAGCAACUAAACCAAAACUAAACCAGGUCUUUAACAGGGCCAGACCAGGUCUAUAACAGACUAAACCAGGUCAAACCUAGAGCAAAGCUGAAAGAAAGAUAGGACUAAAAUAGGGACUAAAUCAGGUCUAAAUCAGGUCUAAGCCAGGACUAAACCAGGACUAAACCAGGACUAAACCAGGACUAAACCAGGACUAAACCAGGACUAAACCAGGACUAGAGUUGGGAGAUGGAGGAGGAUGUGCAGUACAUUUCCGUGGUCUUCAAAAACAACCCACCACCACAAACAGGAAAUAAAGAUCAACAAAGCAUUUAUUCUGAGGUGAAGAUUAAACCAGAGUCAGCCGUCAGCCCUGGCAUCAACAAUGCAGUGGAAGGUCCAAAGUCUUCAGCUCCAGCUUCAAACUUGUGCAUUCUGACUUCGCUGAUCCUGUGCCUGUGUGUUCUACUGGGGAGCACCGCGGGCCUCAUCUACCUGUCCAUAUCAACUACAAAUCAGCGCUCAGAGAACCAGCGCCUGUCUUCAGAGAUGUCCCUGCUGCAGGAGGAGAGUGUGAGGCUCAAGAGUCAAAGGGCAGAGCUACAGAAUCUAACCCACAACCUCGGCCAACUGAAAGACCAACUCAACUGGACCCUCCAAGUGGUGCUGAGCUUCAGCCAGUUCCCCGUCAGUGACUUCUGUCCAAACAAAGAGUGUCGGCCAUGUUUGGAUGGCUGGCUGCUCUUUCAGAGCAGCUGUUACCUGUUUUAUGAGUCUAAACUGUGGAAAACCUGGAUGGAGAGCCAGACCUACUGCAGACAGAACAGCACCCUCUCUGGGCUGGUGGUCGUCAACUCGCUACAGGAGCAGGAGUUCAUUCAUGACCAUAUCAAAUAUUACUAUGACCACUACCAUGGAUACUGGAUCGGUCUGUCCGAUCAGGAUCAGCACUGGGUGUGGGACGACGGACAGGUGGACACACUGGGGUUCUGGAUGAACAUGUCCCUUGGAACACCUGGUCCCAAAGUCUUGAUAAUCCCAGACCAGAACGUGACACAGAGCUGGGAUCCAGCAGACAACAAUAUGCAAAACAAAUUCAUCUGUGAAAGCAAAGCACUUACCAUAGAAUAAUACUACUGCUACUGCUACUUAAAGAGUAAAAUGUACUACUAUUACUAUUACUAUUACUAUUAACUGCUAUUAUUACAACUACUGCUACUAAUACUACUACUGCUACUGCGACUCCUCUUUCACUCUAUAUUUAAGUGAAGUAUAAACAUGAGCAGCGGUAAAGUAUUUUAUUUUUUUCUGCAUAAAAAUGUUCAAAUAUGUAAACAUACUCUCUGUGUCUAUCAUAUAAAUAAAGUAUUAAAAAAACAUCUAAAACCUCUUGAUGUUUUCAUAAGGGAACAGCGUUAGAACAUGGCAAAAAA